AUGAUUAUUAGAACGGCUGCUGGGCUCACAAAAAGAGCUAAAACAGUUGAAUUAGCAGUGGUAAAUGCAGCCAGAGUACUAGUAUUCCCAGUUGCUGUUGUCAACCAGUCCACGGCAAGCUUGAAUAGAAACACCACAAACUUGCUCAAAUUCGACAUACAGGUUGUUGUGAAAGAAAUCACCGGAUUUGAAGAAAGGACAGCGGAGGAGAACAGGCCGCGAGAGAGAAGAUCGGCGAGAAAUAUGGAGGCUCCGCCGUCCGACCAGCACCAGGUUCUCCUCCUAGCAGGCCAGCAGCAGCUCCUAGCAGACCUGGAGGAUCGGGUUGUGGCCGUGGCAGACCUGGAGGAGCGGGCUGUGGACGUGGCAGUGGCAGACCAAGAGGAGCGGGCGGUGGCCGUGGCAAACCAGGAGGAACGGCAAAACCAGGAGGAGCGGGCUGUGGCAGUGGCAGAACGGGGGGAGCGGGCGGUGGCCGUGGCAAACCAGGAGGAACUGCAAAACCGGGAGGAGUGGGCGGUGGCGGUGGACGUGGCAGACUGGGAGGAGCGGGCGGUGACUGUGCCAAACCGGAUGGAGCGGGCUGUAGACGUGGCAGUGGCAGACCAAGAGGAGCGGGCGGUGGCCGUGGCAAACCAGGAGGAAUGGCAAAACCGGGAGGAGCGGGCCGUGGCGGUGGCAGUGGCAGAACGGGGGGAGCGGGCGGUGGCCGUGGCAAACCAGGAGGAAUGGCAAAACCGGGAGGAGCGGGCCGUGGCGGUGGCAGUGGCAGAACGGGGGGAGCGGGCGGUGGCAGUGGCAGAACGGGAGGAACUGUAA